AUGCACUUCCCCCUCGCUACCGCCGUCCUCGCCGCCUGCGUGGCCGCCAAAUUCAAUGUCCCCAGCGCCGCCUGCGACGAAGAUAACCGCAAAAUCUGCUACGGCAAGGAUGGCGGCGUUUCGCAGGACCUGACGCUGGACGAUGUCCAGUAUGUCGCUGACCACCUGCGCUACUUGGCUCAAACGGGCCAACAGCUGUUCUUUAACAUGCCCAAGAGCGACACCUGCGGCGAGUGGGCGCUGCCUGUUCCUCGCUCGGGUUCUGUGCUUGCUCUGGCGAAGCAUAUUGCGCCCAGAGUCAAUUCGACUGUCCUCCUUGAAGAUCUCGCUCGUGCUGUGGAUGGAGGCGAGAAUGCCAAAGAGGAGCAGCGUGCAAAGGCCCUCAUCGGUUGUGGCAAGAAUGGCGGUCAGGUUGCCGUGACGCCAAGCGGCAAAGAUGCUCGUUACGAGUCGGACUGGUACAAGGCUAGCGGUGCUGAGCCGCGAGGCAUUAUUAUCAAGUUGGUCAAGGCACCUUCUUCUUAA